CUCCUUAUUGAUCGUCAGGGAAAGCAUGCUAAGUUGAAAAGCUUGAUCAAAAAUAAAGACUUUUCUGAUAAUUGUCAAGCUUGGUUACAUCAGAAAAAACCUGAGUCGCAUUCUCCUAAUGUAUUAAAGAUGUAUAUCGAAGGGAUAGUAUUUCCUCAAAUGGGAAUUUAUUAUAAUGGACAUGAGCAAUCAGAUGUGGUGAUUUAUAGAAAAGAAUGGUUAAAUAGAAUGUUUGAAUAUAGGAAAUAUAUGAAAAGCUUUAAUGGCAAGAUGUUAGACAUCGUGAUAGAACCUCAGCUUGAAUCUAGUAAAAAAGAAUUAGUUCAAGUAACAUAUGAUGAAUGCCAUUUUUAUGCAAAUGAUGAUCAACGGAGAAUAUGGAUUGGAAAAGAUGAAGAUAUCUUACGUCCAAAAGACAAAGGAUGUUCUGUCAUGGUUUCUGCCUUCCUCUGCCCAUUUGGACGGAUACUGGAAAUAGAUGCAACAAAUCAG